UCUUUAAAAAAAAAAAAAGCUUUGUGAUAAGUGCCAAACUCCUUUCGGACGUAAUGUAGUGUUUAAACUAUAUAAUUUUUUUUUGUGUAUUUACAUUUUGUGUGAGCGAGUGAGUCCUUGUGUACUUCCGCGUGGUCCAUCCCCCCGCCUACCUUUGCUCACUUCACUUCUCUACAUGACACACGGCAACUUUUCUCAACACGAAGCCUAAUUUAGAAGCUUGGACGGACAAUUUCUGAUUUGCAGGGCGAGUUUGGGGCUCGGUGCUCGGACCCAGCCAUGAACAUCAUCGGGGCUGAGGACGAGGACUUUGAGAACGAUCUGAAGGAUGUGCUGGAUGAGCAAUCUUUGUUCAGCAGCAUCGAAACGCUGAAGGAGCGCCCCACCCACCUGCUGGUCUUCUUGCAGCAUGUCAUCCUCCAGUUUGACCCUGCACCGCUGCUUUGUUACCUCCACGCGGACCUCUUUAAGACCCUCAAUGCCAAAGAAACCAAGAAGCAGUUUGUGGAGUUCUACAACACCUUCUUGGACAAGGGUGCAAUCCUCAGAGUCACAGUACCUCCCGUCAUAGCCACUGAACUUGACCGGACGCGCCCGGACAUGCUGUCUGAAGACAUCCAAAGACGCUUUGCUUAUGAGGUCCAGUUUGAGCAGGCCGCCGAGGUGGCCAAGCAGCUGGAGGACUUCAGGAAAAAAAGGAGGAUGGGGAUGACGCCCAAUGAGGCGGAGCUGAUCGACGUGGAGAACCACUACCCCACAGACCGCAUCCCCAUGGAGAUGAAGGAGAAGUCGGUGGCUGAGAACCUGCUAGACAAGAUGUCUGAGACGCAACCAACCAUAGUUUCAGAUGAGGAGAAAUGCCAGUCCAUCUUUUCAGCAGUGGCCUAUUUUAUGAAGCACCUCGGGGUGAAGACCCGGGCAGUUGACAACAAGAAGUCCCGGGGGGGCUUCUUCCGUAGACAGCUAGUCAAGAACAAGAAGGAUGAAUCCACAAAGACCAGGCCCAGGGGGGGUUUCCCCGGGAUCUCGAGCUGGAUCGCGGGUAACCCUGAGGUCAAACCUAAAAUGGAAGCCGAAGUGGACAAGGAGAAAGGGAUUCAGGAGCGGAAAGGUCCAGCGCCUAUCCGGGGCUCCUUCACCGACCCGGCAGCGCCCACACUCCCUUGCAGGAAGUCCGGGUCUGCAUCUGGAGGCGGCGGCUCCACCCCUUUGCCUACGGUGGAGAUCACUGAGGGCUUGAGCAACAAUGCCGGCAUUUGCAGCAGCCCUGAGACUCUGCAGUCUGAUGGCCUUUCCAGCAAUCGUCUGGACCCACUGAUCAUUCCCGAAUUGACUGACGUGUCCCCGUGGGAGCCCUUCUUGAACAGUGACACCCCUGUGGAGGAAAGCAUGGAGAAAGACAGACGCAAGACAAGUAAGAAGGUCGCGCGUAGCGAGAGCGCUCGCGUGUUCCGACAGCCAUCACGGCGCCGCAGCUCGGCCCGGGCCAAACAGUCCCGCUCUCGUAGCGACGUCGACCUGCAGUCGCCUCUCAUCGUGACAACCGCAGCGGCAACCCUCGGCCCCCGUUUUGACGGACCCGUUCCAGUGACCGAAGGCUCCGGCUUGUCGCCUGCCAGCCCCUCCCCUCCCGAGGAGAUGGAACCACGCCUGCUGGAGUUCGAGCAGGACCCGCCUAACUGGAGGUAUCUGGCCUCCCGGGAAGCUCUGUCGGGCCUCAGCAAGGAAGAGACCAAGAGGCAAGAGGUCAUCAACGAGUUGUUUGCCACAGAGCACGCCCACGUGCGCAUGCUGAGUGUCCUUCAGAUGGUCUUCUCCAAGCCUCUGGAGCGAGAGGAGCUCCUCACUGCCACUGAGCAGGCCACCAUCUUCCCCAACCUGGACGAGAUCAUCGAAAUGCACUAUCACUUCUACGAGAACCUGAAGAAGCUUCGUCUGGAGGACAAAUUUAUCGUGAAAUCCAUCAGCACCACCGUCCUCAACAGAUUUGAGGGCACAGAAGGGGAAUGGUUCCAGAAGCUGGUGGCUCGUUUUUGCAGUCACCAGUCGUGGGCCCUGGACCAGAUCAAGAGCAGGCAGAAGAAAGAGCCUCGCUUCAACUCCUUUAUCCAGGAAGCGGAGAGCAAGCCGCAGUGUAGGAGACUGCAGCUAAAGGACAUCAUUCCCAUCGAGAUGCAGAGGCUCACCAAGUAUCCGCUGUUAUUGGAGAACAUCGCCAAGAACACAAAUGAUCCCAGUGAGAAGGCGCGCAUCCAUCAGAGCGCCGAGUGCUGCAGGAAGAUCCUCAAUCAUGUCAAUGAGGAGGUCCAAGAGAUGAAGAGCCUUCUAACCCUCAGGGAUUACCAGCGGCGAUUGGAGACGUCGGGACUCAAACCCAGUAAUGAGCUUUACACUGAAUAUAAGAACAUUGAUCUGACCCAGAAGAAGAUGCUGUUCGAAGGCCCUCUCAAUUGGAAAGUGACCAAAGAGAAGGCUGUAGAGGUGCAGUGCGUCCUGCUGGGCGACCUGUUGGUGCUCCUGCAAAAGCAGGAUGACAAGAUGGUACUCAAGUGUCAUAGCAAGAGCAUCAACACCAUGCAGGAGGGCAAGCAGAUGCUCAGCCCCAUCAUCAAGCUGGACACGGUAUUCCUGCGUGAGGUGGCUACUGAUCUAAAGGCCUUCUACGUGAUCUUCACCUGGGACAGCGGUGCUCAGAUCUACGAGCUGGUGGCUCAGUCUAUAGCCGAAAGGAAACUGUGGACUAAGGUGAUAAAGUCAGCAGUGGAUGAUCUGAAGAAGAGUGGGGCACCCAUGAGGAUUACAUUGCCUCCUGAAAGUGGAGCAGGAUUUAGUCCUUCUGGGCUGAGCACACCUCAGAGCCCGACGGAGAACGGUGGUUUGAAGAGUAGCGGUGAUCGUGAUAAGGACAGCUUGACAGACGAUAAGUCGUCCGAUCCCCGGCACUCUCUGAUCGACUUCCUGUCUGACAAAGGGUUCGACCUGCUCGCGCACUCCAACAGUUACCAAGAAAAGUUGGCCGACAGCGCGCUGGACGAAGUCAUGCUGUUGAAGCGGCUGCUGGUCGGCAGCAUCAGUCUGUCGGAGGACAGAGAAAACGGAGAGGAACCCAGUCUAGAAAUGGACAGCUAUGAAUCAACAGAAGGCCAGCCAACAGAGCGUGAACCAGAGGAGGAGAAGGAAAGUCUCGGCGCCAAAAAGGACGAGGAGAGCCUCCCCUCUGACACGGCCAAGCUGGUGUUGUCCCCGGAGAGGAUGGAACAAGUGUGUCGGCGGCUCGUCAGCUUGGAGGGGCAAGUAAAGAGACUGCAGAAUGUAGAAGAGGAACAUCACAAGCUGCUGCAGGCCCUCUCGAAGUUCUCACUAGAGGGCGGUCACUAUGCCUAAGAUGCCAUCACACCACCAGCUGGCCACUAGACAGUUAUUUUACUGGUGCUUGUUUGGAGUGCAAGAAGCUUUCCGGAUAUGUCCGCAAAUCUUCGCUGAGAAAAUGCUCAGAUAGAUGCUGGAGGAUGAACAAGGGGGAGGAAAAUACCUUUUACCGCCAGUGCUGUGGAAUGUGUGUAUUUGUGUGCCCCUCAUUGCGUUGCAUGGCGUUAUGUUUUCUAAAUGUGUUGUAUAGCGUCGCGGAACAUUACGCCGCAUAAUGCUACUUAGCAUUGUGUUAUGUUGCGCUGUAUUAUGUAAAGGUACGUAGCACAGUGUUACGUAGUCACGUACUGUAGUAUUAUGCUGAAUUGUGUAUUGCUUCGCUGCAUAUCGUCGCGAAGCGUAGCACUACGUUAUGUUGUGUGGCAUUACGUUACGGUAUUGCAUAGCGUUGCAUGCUCUUACAAAGAGAGGCUUAAAAAGAAAACCAAAAAAAAAAAAAAAUACCGCCACUUUUUUGAGUGUUUGUUUGCAGAGAGAUGCCAAAAACAAAAGCUACAUGUGACUCUUUCCUGUUCCACUUCCACACAAGGAAUCAAAAAACACAAUUGCCCCGGAAAAAAAAAUACCUGAAAGGUUUCCCUAGGAAGCAAUUAUAAAAUACUGCUCUGAAUAGCAUGGUCCGAGUUCUUUGCCAAAGUACAAUACAAAUGCACACAGUGUAUUUUAUUAGUUGAAAAUGAUAAGGAGGAAAAGUGUGUGUGUGUGUGUGUGUGUGUGUGUGUGUGUGUGUGUGUGUGUGUGUGUGUGUGUUUGAGGUUAAUUUUCAGGAGGCUUCUUUUCAUAACAGAUGUUGCGCUCUUUUUCGAUAUAGCAUCGCCCAACAAGAUGUAAAUAAUAGAGACUUUGGUUGUUUUGACUGUUAUUUAUUCCUUUUUGGGGCUUUGGCUUUACCCGAAUGGAUGCGAGGCAACAUUGGGACUGACUGAGAGCGUGGAUGGAGAUGUGAAGGCUAAUGUAGAAUAAAAUGGAACACAGCAAGAACGCAUGGGGAGUUGGGUCAUAGCGAGGGAGAGGGAAGCGGAUGAAUGUCAGAGUACGGGAGGAAAUUCUAACAAAUGUUUUUCCUUAACUAGUGGUCGCUGCUCUAAUGGAUGCCUUGCCACGCACGAUUAAUCACGGAGGGCAUUGUGCACUUCAAUCAAUUCUCCCUUGAAAUAAUGCAUUUGAAAAAACAAGGGGAAUUAUUGUAGUUCAAAGAUGCAACUCUGUUGAGCCCAAUUCAACGGUGUUGGUAACCAAAACAACAGCACUUAAAAAGCCAAGUGAGGAAGCUCAUAGCGCACUAUUAAUUAUCUGAUGUAGAAACAAGCUAGUAGUCUUUCCAGUCUUUCCCUCAAAUAGACACCUCCCUUAUUGGUUGUGUAGACUCUUAACCACAGACUAGUUUCUCGUGCAGUAUUAAAGCUGUUCAAAUGUAAUGUAACGAUUGACAUUAGCCGCAUAAGAAGAAGAAUAACUCCAUAUAAUAUACACCCUCAAGAAACUCAAACAAGUAAACGUAAUGACCUCAAUUCUUUAGUGCCACGGUUCCGACACGAGAAAGUCAUAAAACUGCAAUAAUACCUGCAACGCCCCCACCCCGCCGCGGGAAUAACGUCAAUCCACAUUGGAAACACUGUUGAACGCCAACACUGCUGCACUUGCAGAUUAGCUCGUGUGUUCUAUUCCUCCCUAAGAGCAGAUUCACUUGUAUUGAUGACACUAUACACACAGACACACUGUGUACGCGUGUAUAGUGUUCUCAUAGCGUUAUGUUGCGGUCUUUUGUGUUGCGUCACACUGCGUAGCGUUCUAUUCACGCAGCGGAGUGGUUACUGCCGCAUAAAUGAUUACCAAAAAAAAAAUACGACUAAUAAAGGACAAUCCUCUUUUGAAUGUUUAUUUGCUGGGAGGUGUCCAAACUGAAAUCUGCGGUGGCAGCCAAAAGGAGAUUCUUGUUGGGAAAGAAAAAAAACAAUACAUUUCAAAAGCUUUACCAUAGGACAUGACUUUUACUUGAUUGAAUGUGCUGAAAAUGGAGAAAAUGUUCAAAACAUGGUAUUGUUGUGUUAUUAGAGGUGAGAGGAGAGGCGGGGGGCCUUCACGUACUAAUCACUGCAAUUUCUGCAAGGGUCAUCAUGGAAUUAGCCAAGCAGUAAGAAUUUAGAGCUAGAAGCUUGUAUGAUAUUUUCAAAAUAGCCUUUUUUCUCUUAUAAGUGAUGAUGACUAUGCAAGUAAUAUACUGUGUAUUUUGGGUUUUGAUUUUACUGGAGUUGUUUAAAUGAUGUAAACUUAAGGAAAAUCAAAUGUGGUACGUUGUUGUUUUUUUUUUAAUAAAUUGGGGUAAUAAUUGUC